UCCCCUAAGGACGUUACAGAGGAGAGGAGAGUCUCAACUAACGACUGUGUUUUUAUACGAAACGACACCUUUUUCAUGCUCAAAUCUCACCAAAAAAACGGUCUUUAAUUCUUCGCCUUCCCACCCCCAGAAACCAAAACAAUUCCAUUUUACGAUUGCCAUUGUGAUUCAGAUCAAACAAAUAACAAUAAUAAUAAUAAUAAAAAAGGUCUUCGAUUCGCGCUUAUUCUGACCUUAACCGACGACGUCGUUUUUUGGGGGGUGUAGGCGAGCUCAAUUUUGAUCAUUCAUGGUAGCUCCGUCGAUCGGUCUCUGAAGCCACCGCAGCACGGUCGUUGCAGAUCAGAAUUGAAUCUGUUCAUUCAAAAUGUCUUCGUGGCUCAAGGCCGCAGAAGAUUUAUUUGAGGUUGUAGAUCGAAGGGCAAAGCUGGUUGUUAGUGAAUUAGCCGAUGAGCAGUCUGGUUCCCAACCUCCAGCUUCUAAUGUGCAUGGAUCUCAAUCAAAGAAGACAAAGUUGAAGAAAAAGGCUCAAAAGAGACUUCCUACGGAGGAGACUCUUAAAGGGAGUGAUUCUGCAGAUGAGCAGACAAGCUCUAUUUCAUCUCAAGCAAACCUAACACCUGAAAAAGAUGGGGAUGACCUUCUAAAUGAAAAUGAUGGGACCCCUUCUGGCAAGUCUAUGGUCCAAACAGACAAUGAACAGCAACAAAAUUUUGACAAUGGUUUCCCAACAUCAGACAUUCCUACAACAGAGACCUCAGCAGAUGACAUGGGUAAAGAUGAUGCUAGCCAUGAUGAAGUUCCAGUAGCUGUUAAUGAUGCGGAAGCUGUGGCAUCUACAUCCAAUGGUGAGCAUCUCAUGGAAAGCCCCUUGGAAGUUCAUGAAGAUCAGCUCUCUGUCAAAGGAGUUGAGGUUGUGAGUGCAAAUCAUCUGGUUGAGGAUGGCCAAAGUAACAAAUCAGAAGGUGCGGAUGUUCCUCCAAAGGUUGAUCAAGAAAGAUCUGAUUCUAUAAAUACCGAUGCCCCCAGUAACAUCAGUAACACUGAAACUCAACCGAACGAAGCUGAUGUCAAGGUUGAAUCUCCUAUCAAGCAAAAGAAGCAACAUGAGCGGAAGGCUGCCACUUCUGCUAGGAAAGUACAGGAACAACUUGAUGAGGCUCAAGGACUGCUUAAAACUGCAAUUUCUACUGGUCAGUCUAAAGAGGCUAGGUUGGCCAAGGUUUGUGCUGGACUUUCAUCCCGACUUCAAGAAUACAAAUCUGAAAAUGCGCAGCUGGAGGAACUUCUUUUUGCUGAAAGAGAGCUAAGCAAAUCAUAUGAAGCUCAGAUAAAGCAACUACAGCAAGAUUUGUCAGUAUCCAAAAGUGAAGUGACUAGAGUAGAGUCAAAUAUGAUUGAGGCCUUGGCAGCAAAGAAUUCUGAAAUCGAGGCACUUGUCAAUGCCACAAACGAACUUAAGAAAAAAGCUGCUUUAUCUGAAGGAAAUUUAGCUUCAUUGCAGGUAAGCAUGGAGUCUAUGAAGAGAAAUAGGGAACUCGCUGAAACAAGGAUGAUGCAGGCUCUAAGGGAGGAGCUUGCUGCUGCAGAACGGAGAGCAGAGGAAGAGCAUGCGGCACAUAAUGCUACUAAAAUGGCUUUUAUGGAAAGGGAAGUAGAAUUGGAACAAAGAGCUAUAGAGGGAUCAACAGCCCUUGCAAGGAUCCAGAGAAUAGCAGAUGAGAGAACAGCAAAGGCAGCAGACCUUGAGCAGAAGGUGGCCUUGCUUGAGGUUGAAUGUGCAAAUUUAAAUCAAGAGCUUCAAGAUAUGGAAGAUCGUGUCCGGCGUGGACAGAAGAAGUCUCCAGAAGAUGCAAAUCAAGUAAUUCAGAUGCAGGCUUGGCAAGAAGAAGUAGAACGAGCUCGCCAAGGUCAGAGAGAUGCUGAAAGCAAGCUUUCUUCCAUGGAGGCCGAAGUGCAAAAGAUGAGAGUUGAAAUGGCUGCCAUGAAGAGGGAUGCUGAGCAUUACUCUCGUCAGGAGCAUAUGGAAUUAGAGAAGCGCUACCGUGAACUUACUGAUUUAUUGUACUACAAGCAAACACAGUUAGAAACCAUGGCUAGUGAAAAAGCUGCAGCCGAAUUUCAACUGGAGAAGGAAUUGAAUCGUCUUCAAGAAGUAAAGGUCUGUCUUCAGGUAGAGGCAGAAAGAAGUAGAGUUUCUCGUCGAGGGUCAUCAUCCUGGGAAGAAGACACUGAAAUGAAGGCACUUGACCCUCUACCGUUGCAUCAUCGUCAUAUGGCUGGGGCAAGUAUACAGUUGCAGAAGGCAGCGAAGCUAUUGGACACAGGAGCUGUCAGGGCCACGAGGUUUCUUUGGCGGUAUCCAAUAGCUCGGGUUAUCUUGCUUUUCUAUCUGGUAUUUGUACAUCUCUUCUUGAUGUAUCUGUUGCAUCGCCUUCAGGAACAAGCGGAUAAUCUUUCUGCUAGAGAAGUUGCGGAGUCUAUGGGACUGGCGACCCCAAACUUACCAUGAUUGGGUACCAUCUCCCAUUCAGAAGCUAUUGUCACACAUAUAAUUUUUGAAAAGCAGGGCGCUAUCUCCUGGAUGAGUUACCCAAUCAAUCUACAUAGGCAAGUUCUCUCUUGACCAUUAUUGUUCCUCGCUACAACUUUUUGUGGAAGUGGUCAUUCCUGGAGAAUAUGGUUUAUGUUUUCAAACGAGAUUUGUGGUGAAGGUACAUAGUUGGUUACAUCUCAUUCUUUGUCUAGAAUUUCAUGCAAAAUGUUGAUACAUUAAUUUGAUAAAUAUAUCUAUACAUUCUUGAUCUGAUAAAGCAUACCAACAUCUGAAGGUUCUGUUAUGAUCAAAAGUUGCUGCCAUCCUGCAGAAAUGGAAAUUUCUUUUUUUCUAAUUGGGAAAUUUCUUAUUCCUUAUAUGAUAUUCUCAUUGUAGAUUUGUUUAAAUGUUACUGUGACUGGAUUCUUUCACUCAAGAAUGUGUUACAAUUGUGUAAAUUUUCCAAUGUAAGUGAUGAACGCGUAAUGAAAUUUGAACACAUGGAGAAUUGUAAACAACUUUUAAAACUAUGAUUUGUGGUGGUGAAGCCAGAUUAGGCAUUUUUGCUAUUUAGCUCAAAAUAUAGCACCAUUUGGUGGAGUUAACUCUUUGCGCAAA